CCAAAGACAUUUCAUUUGUCGCCACUGGACUCACAGGAGCACAGAAAAUCAGCAGCAAGGCCUUAUACAAACGGCAAAAGCCAGGUCUAAAAUCAUUUGGCACCAUGUUGGAGUCUUCCUCAAGACUGCCCCAGCGGCCUGCGCGCGUGGCUGCUGACCCCAGGCGCGCGCACACAUCUGACGCGCACUCACUCAAACGGUAGCUGGGGCUAUCCUCUUGGCUGAUACAUUCAGAGUGAGGGACUUUGGCCACAGUCCACGAGCCUCCCUUUAAUCCCGCUGUCCUCCUGGCUGCCACUUACAACUUAAAGGGCCCAAGAACGUGGGAAAAGAAAGAGACUAUGAACCAAGUGCUUCUCCUCCACUCCUCCCUCUUCAUCUUUCAUGUGAUGGGCACUCCCCAGCUCCACACUCACCACGGGAGGAGGGUAUGUGGCCAAUCCUCUCUUUACAGCCACAAAAUUGUCAUGGCAACCCAGUCCUAUGCCCACGCCGCGCACAGACCCUAUAUCACCUUGUGUAACGGACAUCGGCUGUGUAGCACGUACAAAACUGUGUACUCUACGGCGUACAGGGUCGUGACCAGAUUAACACCUUACUCACAUUUCUACCCAGAGUGCUGCCCAGGUUGGAAAAGGUUGCAUUCCCACAACUGUAAUCAAGCGGUGUGCACACAUAACUGCAUGAAUGGCGGUACAUGCUAUAAACCCAACCAGUGUGCCUGUCCAUUGGGCUGGAGAGGCCACCAGUGUCAAACAGAUGUGAAUGAGUGCAGUGAACAGCGGCCCUGUGCUCACAAGUGCGUGAACACCGCAGGCAGCUAUCGGUGUGAGUGCAGAGACGGCUUCAGGUUGAUGGGAGACGGUCGUUCCUGUCAAAGCCUUCCUUCUCUUCCUCCUCCUCCUCUUCCUCCCUCUCCCCCGCAGCCUGCUGUGGGUGGUCACCCUCAUACGGAUGAAAGACUUAACCUGGUGGAAAAUGUUACAGAAGAAGUACAAAAUCUAAGAAACAGGGUGGAGCUUUUGGAAAAGACGCUACAGAUGGCAUUGACCCCCUACAACAGCAUCUUCCCUUUGUCUGGAGAAGAAGGCUUGUCAGAGAAAACCACGUUAUUGUCAUACUCAUUUCAGCAACUUGAUCGCAUUGAUUCCUUGAGCGAGCAGAUUGGCUUCCUGGAGGAGAGACUCGGUACAUGUUCCUGCCAGGAGGACCAACAGCCCUCUCCAAUCAAGUGAAGACCAUCUCUAUUUGUGAACAAUGCAAUAAAUAAUCAGUACAAUUUGUGAUACACAUUGUAAUCCCCUUUACAUCUUUUGACCAUUGAUCUCUGCUUCUAAAACAGUACUUAUAGAUGGAGGUCAAAGGUCAAAGAAACCACUGUGUUUUCAGUGUCAUAGGUACAGCUGCGUUUACUUUUAGGCACUAAAAUGUCCAGGGGAGACAGAGGCACCUGGUUUUAUCUAUUUAAGUUAUGAUUACCUGUAGUUUAAUACUCAUUGCACCAUUUUUUGUACCGAUUUUUGUGAUACAUUUUGUAAUAAAAUCAUCAAUCAGA